AUGAAUAAAGAAGAUACGGUGGUAUUACCUCGUCCUUUAACUCAAGAAAUACAAAAUCCUAGCAGAUUAUGUUGUACACCGCCCCAAAAUCGUUUGAUGCCUUGGAAUCAUCAUACGGCCGCCGCUGCUGCAGCGGCUGCAGCAGCUUCCGCAGCUGUGUCACAGGCCAACGAUACAUCAUCAAAUGGUAGCAAUAGUAAUAACAACAAUAACAACAAUAUCAGCAACAUGAAUAAUAAUAACAACAACAACAAUGAACCAACCUGCCUUACAGUGCCUCGUCAGAAGAAUCAAAAUCUUGGUCUCAUAUGCGUGGUGUGUGGCGACACCAGUUCGGGCAAACAUUAUGGAAUAUUGGCCUGUAAUGGCUGUUCAGGAUUUUUUAAGCGCAGUGUUCGUCGCAAACUUAUUUACAGAUGUCAGGCUGGUACUGGACGUUGUAUUGUUGACAAGGCCCAUCGUAAUCAGUGUCAGGCGUGUCGUCUAAAAAAGUGCCUUCAGAUGGGAAUGAACAAAGAUGCCGUGCAAAAUGAACGUCAGCCACGUAACACGGCCACUAUUAGACCGGAGACACUGCGGGAGAUGGAGCAUGGGCGAGCUUUACGUGAAGCUGCUGUAGCUGUGGGGGUUUUUGGACCACCCGUUUUAUUGUCACCGCCAUGCUAUGGACCUGCUUUACUACCGCCGCCAUCACUUUCUGGUUUGCCGACGGGGCGUCUAUUACAUCAUAAUCACUUGGCCGCCACUUCAAUGCAAUUAUCGGCGAAUAUGAACAACAAUAACAACAAUAGUGCUACAUUUCCCAUAUUCAAUAACAAUCACAUCUACACCACUACCAACAACAACAACCACAACAACAACAACACAACCGCAAAAGAUAAACGAUACGCUGACUUAUCGAGUGGCGGCACCAUUUCAUCAUCAUCAAAUUCCUCCAGUAGCAAUUCAAUAGAUCCAUGUUCGCCACCUCCAGAAAAUGCUGCUCCCAAAAAUCCUGUUAGUGGCAGUGUCUCGUCAAUUAGUUCUGCAAGUCCCAUACCCGACAAUGAUAAUGAUGAUGACUCCAUUGAUGUCACCAAUGAAGACGAAGAACCCUUAAAUGGUGAAAAAUCGCUAAUGCAAUUUGAUAUUGCCCAAAUAAUGUCACCCAAUUUGUAUGUCCAUCAACAUGAGACCGUGUAUGAGACCAGCGCCCGACUUUUAUUUAUGGCCGUGAAAUGGGCUAAAAAUCUACCCAGUUUUGCCAGUCUCUCAUUUAGAGAUCAGGUUAUUCUUUUGGAAGAGUCCUGGUCGGAAUUGUUUUUAUUAAAUGCCAUUCAAUGGUGCAUACCUUUGGAUCCCUCAAAUUGUCCAUUAUUUUCCGUGGCCGAACACUGUAAUAAUUAUGAAGCCACCAAUAAUAAUGGCAGUAAUUGUAUGAGCAAAGAAGAGAUUGCCUCCGAUGUACGAACCUUAUAUGAAAUCUUCUGCAAAUACAAGGCUGUUUUGGUAGAUCCAGCUGAAUUUGCCUGUCUAAAAGCCAUUGUACUAUUCCGACCCGAGACACGAGGUCUUAAAGAUCCCGCACAAAUUGAAAAUUUACAGGAUCAAGCACAUGUCAUGUUAGCUCAACACACUAAGGCCCAGUUUACCGCUCAGGUGGCCCGCUUUGGUCGUUUACUUUUAAUGUUGCCCCUGUUGCGUAUGAUCAAUUCACACAAAAUCGAACUGGUGUACUUUCAACGCACUAUUGGCAAUACGCCCAUGGAAAAAGUCUUGUGCGACAUGUAUAAAAACUAG